UGGACCUUCUGAAUCUAGGUCUUGGUUAGCAGUCGGCGAAGUUCAACACAGAGAGGCUUCAUAGACAUAUUAUCUUCGGACUUGUCCACAUUUAUUGUCCUCCGUGAACGGAAAAGUGGCUUUGGGACAUUUCCGGGAUCAGGAGAAAAGAUGGCGCAGUGGUGCCAGCUUCAGUUGUUAGACAGCAAGUACCUGGAGCAAGUCGACCAACUGUACGAUGAUUCCUUCCCCAUGGACAUCCGACAGUACUUGAGCAAGUGGAUCGAGAGUAUUGACUGGGAUGCAGUGGCAUACCAGGAUUCUCUGGCCACAGUUCGAUUCCACGAACUUUUGUCUCAACUGGAUGAGCAACACAGUCGCUUUGCGCUGGAGAACAACUUUCUGCUGCAGCACAAUAUCCGUAAGAUCAAGAGGAACCUGCAGGAUAGAUUCCAAGAAGACCCUGUCUGCAUGGCGAUGAUCAUCUCGAGAAAUCUGAAGGAAGAAAUGAAGAUCUUGGAAAACGGCAAGAGAAAUGAGCAGGGAGACGAAGCAACAGCGUCGACCAUGGUGGUGGAGAAGCACAGGCUGAACAAUAAAGUCAGGGACAUGAAAGAGCUCCUGCUGGUGGCCGAUCAAAACAUAAAGAAUCUGGAGUAUCUCCAGGAUGAUUAUGACUUCAAAGUCAAUUCGUUUAAGAACCGAGAGAGUGAGAUGAACGGAACAACAACGAAAGAGCUGGAGAAAGAGAAGAUGGACCUCGGGAGAAUGUGUUAUGAGCUGAAGGCCAAACGACAGGAUGUGGUGAUGAAGCUGACUGAACUGCUGAACAUCACUCAUGUGUUGCUGUCGGAGUUGAUCUCCGCAGAGCUGCCCGAGUGGAAACAGCGGCAGCAGACUGCGUGUAUUGGUGGGCCACCCAACGCCUGCAUGGACCAGCUGCAGAGCUGGUUCACAGCGGUGGCGGAGACUGUGCUGCACGUCCGUCAGCAGCUGAUGGAGCUGCAGGAGCUGCAGCACAAAAUGACGUACGACACAGACCCCAUCAGCCAGUUGAAAGAACAGCAUGAGCCUAGAGCACUGGAACUGCUGAGGACCCUGCUCUCCAAUUCCCUAGUGGUGGAGCGGCAGCCCUGCAUGCCCACCCACCCACAGAGACCUCUGGUGCUUCGGACUGGAGUCCAGUUUACUGUAAAACUGAGGUUCCUGGUGAACCUCCCGGAGUUUAACUACCAACUGAAAGUCAAAGCUCUUUUCGACAAAGAUAUUGGAGACAAAAAAGGGUUUCGCAAAUUCAAUAUUUUGGGGACAAAUAUAAAAGUGAUGAACAUGGAAGAGUCAAAUGCAAGUCUUGUGGCCGAGUUCAGGCACCUGCAACUGAAAGAGCAGAAAGUGGCAGGAAACAAAUCAAUUGAGGGUCCUCUGAUCGUCACUGAGGAGCUGCACUCACUCAGCUUUGAAUCCGAGUAUCAGCUGCCCCAGUCUGGAGUCACCAUCAAGCUGGAGGCCUUGUCUCUGCCGGUGGUUGUCAUCUCCAAUGUCUCCCAGCUGCCCAGCGCCUGGGCGUCAAUCCUCUGGUACAACAUGCUUUCCACUGAAACCAAGAGUCUGAAGUUCUUCGUAUCUCCACCACAAGCCAAGUGGUCUCAGCUGUCUGAGGUCCUCAGUUGGCAGUUCUCGUCAGCCACCAAGCGAGGCCUGAACCAGGAGCAGCUCAACAUGCUGGCUGACAAACUGCUAGGAGCCAGCGCCCAGAGGAACCCCGAUGGUCUGAUUCCCUGGAGCAAGUUCUGCAAGCUGAGUCCCACCGAGCGAGGGUUCCCGUUCUGGCUGUGGAUCGAAGGAAUCCUGGACGUGAUCAGACGGCACCUUCUGUGCUACUGGAACGACGGCUCCAUCAUGGGAUUCAUCAGCAAGGAGCGUGAGAAGAAGCUGCUGAGCGGCAAAUGUCCCGGGACCUUCCUGCUGCGCUUCAGCGAGAGCAGCCGAGACGGCGCCAUCACCUUCACCUGGAUCGAGCACGACUGCCACUUAAAUCCGGUCUUUCACUCGGUGGAACCAUACACCAAAAAGGAACUGAGUGCCGUCUCGCUGCACGACAUCAUCCGCAACUACCGGGUGAUGGCGGCCGAGAACAUUCCUGAGUACCCGCUGCGCUUCCUCUACCCCGACAUUCCGAAGGACAAGGCCUUUGGAAAGUAUUAUCCCAAACCCUCAGAAACUCCAGAACCAAUGGACGUGGACAGCCAGCAGAGCUCCGGCUACAUGAAGACAGAGCUCAUCUCCGUCUCCGAAGUACCUCCGUCCAAACUGCAAGAGAACAUGAUGCCCAUGUCCCCAGAUGAUUUCAGGGUCCUGGAGCAGAUCGUGAGCCCCGGACACAUCGCAGAUGUGAUGGGCGACUUCCAAGAGUCAGAUUAAGAGCUUCCUGUUCCUGGUCCUGUGAAUUAAUGUUGCGUUUCCUUUCCGUCUGCGGACAUACAUCAAAAUAAUACACGACUGUGAAAGUGGUUUCAUCUUUGAAUGCCAGAUUAUUUUUACUUAUUCAGAAAACUCACUCGUGCUGGAGUGUCGAACUCAGUCACAGAAAGAGCAAAAAGUUAAGACUGAAUGAAACGGGUGUAGCCCUCUAUGCGAUUUAGGAAACACAGAAGUGGAAACACUGCAAUGUAGUGGUGGGAAGCCGUCACUGCAGGUGGACGUCAACAUCUCACAGGCCACACCUUCCUCGUGGUGUAGAACUACGGUUGUCGACCCGUCUGUUCAAGACAGGACAUAUGUUUUUAUUUGAUUUGAAAAAUGUGACUUGAGCAGUUACAAAUAAGCACUUUAUGAAAUGCAAAAAAAACCAAAUUGCAUGAUUUGCCUUAAAAAUAACCCCUGAAUUAUACAAGUGUCUGGUGUUCAUUGAGUGUAGACAUUUGGUGGUGUAAGAAAUCAAAUAAAGGAUGUCAUAUUUA